AUGGCCGCUGUGGCAGUAGAGCGAUGCCCAGAUGGCCAGCAUCGCCUGGUGGCACUGCGCCAUUUGGAGGCAGACGAGGCGAUUCUGGAGGAGACGCCACUUCUCGAAAUGCCGGAUGAAGAGAUUCUUGAGCUAAAAUGCUCCCGCUAUGUGGCGGCAUGGCGCUUUGCCUGCAAAAGCGUUGGUCAGGACGGCAUACAGAAAAUCUUCGCGCACAACUUUUCUGAGGGCGCAGCAGCAGGAAGCAAAGCCCGACAUGUUUGCCAAGCAGUGAAGGCUGAGGCUGUGGCUGCAUGGCACGGCAGGAACGGGAACAAGCUGGAUUCCAGCUGUGUGCUGUGCUGA